UCAUGAGUAGGGAUGAUGGUCGGGUCAGUACGACAACUAGAAGGCAUUACAUUGAGGACUGAAUUUAGUGUCUCAAAGAGAGUUGAAGAUAAUAUUGAAAAAUAUAUAAUAAUUACCGGUGGAAUUAUUGGACUCGGGUCCGGGUUUUUAACGUGAACGGAGCUUGUGGACAUAAUGCCGGGAUGCGACGUGAAGGCAAGAUAUCUGCCAGCCACCUUCGCGUGGAUCCUAUUACUCAGCACCACGACCCUCUUUUUUUAUUAUCCGUGCCAAUACUAUCUCUUCAAAUACCCAUGGGUACCGGCUCUCCAAGGAGUGAUUGCCUUCUUUGUGCUGGCCAACUUUACCCUUGCGACUUUUAUGGAUCCAGGUGUAAUUCCAAAAGCACCUCCAGAUGAAGAUAAAGAAGAUGAGUUCAGGGCGCCGUUAUUUAAAAACGUUGAGAUCAAUGGGAUAACUAUUCGUAUGAAGUGGUGUGUCACUUGUAAAUUUUACAGACCACCUAGAUGUUCGCACUGUAGUGUCUGCGAUCACUGUAUUGAGACAUUUGAUCAUCAUUGCCCGUGGCUAAAUAAUUGUAUUGGAAGAAGAAAUUACAGAUUUUUUUUCUGUUUUUUAUUAUCACUUAGUUGCCAUAUGCUCAGUAUAUUUGGGCUCUGUUUAUAUUUUGUUUUGGAACAUAAACAAAAACUUGGAGAAGUCGAUACGACUAUUGCUAUGGUGCUGAUGGGCGUGGUAACAUUAUUAUUUAUUCCAAUUAUUGGACUAACAGGGUUCCACGUGGUGCUUGUGUCAAGAGGACGUACAACAAACGAACAAGUCACCGGUAAAUUCCAAAAUGGUUAUAAUCCAUUUUCACGUGGAUGCUUUCAUAAUUGUUGUUAUACACAAUUUGGACCACAAUUUCCUAGUUUAAAGAAGCCCGAAAAGUAUUUAGAAAAACGUCGCGGUGCAUCUGCCUCCGAGAUAUCGACGAUAGGAAGCGAGAACCAGGUAAAGACCUACAUGGAUAGCAGCAAUGGUGUUAGAAAUGCCAGUUCAAAUGCUUAUAAUAAGUUAUCUCCUGGACGAGACGGAUCAGAUACGGAUAUGGAGCCAACGGCUUCACAGUCCGCGGAUUGUGAACCAACGCCUCCAUUACAAAGACAUGGAUCUAAAAGUAACUUUUUCCUGCCACCUGUCGAGACAAACGACUCGCCUAGACAUCCGCCUCCACAGCAUCGUCAUCCGAUGCACUAUCCACGCGGAAGUCCGCACCCACGAUCUAGGGGAAUGAAUGGCUCGCGCAGUCAUACGCCGGAUGCAUUGUCGCCGGAAGGAACGGGAUCGCCAGCCGCUGGUCCGCAAAGAGGUCAGGGUCAAGGUGGCGCAAGCCCAACUAUGCAGCAACGCAUCAGAGCAAUCGGUGUGCCCACGCCUCUUGCCAUUUCCAGUCCAAUUCGCAGAUCGAAUCCAGGUACACCGACGCAAAUACGUCGGCCAGAUUUCAUUGGUGUCACUGAAGCACCAACAUACUACGAUGUCCAGCAUCACAACAAUACCGGCGGCAAUGUGCCAGGUUACAGCCCACAACGUCGUUUCUUGUCUGAAAGUGAGUUAAUACGUCAAAGCAACGAGCACCCUUAUUCACGUACCAACAAUACCGUCGAUAAUAUACGUGAAUUAGCGGGCUCACCGCAACGUGGUGUCUAUAUGUGGAAAGACAAUUCACCAAGUGGUUAUCCAGGUCCACCGGGUAUGAGUGGUGUCAAUAUGGGCGGUAACAAUAUCGGCAUACCCGUACAUCCAUCAGCGUUAUCGCAGCGACCACCACCUUAUGAUUACUACUGUUCGAAUCCCACAAGCCCGACACAACAGCCAUACUCUAGUGCUCCACGUGCAGCUUAUCAUCCUGCCUCGCGAGGAGGUGUGCCUGUAUUCCCGCCACAACAUCCGUCGCCUCAGGUUAAGCGAAAAAACCCAGCGACUAUGGCAACACCAACAACUCCAACGUCCAACGACGCGCGACGUCGACCCAUGUCAUUCGUACGUGCUUUGGAGAUGAAUGACUCGAUGGAGAUGGUGUCGAUACCCAAUGAUACGAGAUCAUCCCAGAGGCCAACAACACCAACACCCGAUCGCACGAGUGUUUAUGAUAUGAACUAUGAAAUAUCCGUAUAGCCACGCUUGAUGGUCUCCGUCCCAAACGGUUGGACGGGGAUUACGGAUAAACCGGCUGCUUAUAUUUCUAGAACUUAUGAUACUGGCCAUGAGUUGUCUGUUUAAUUAAUAUAAUAAUAAUACGAAUGAAUAAUAAUUUUAAUAAAAUUUUUGAGACUUAAAGUCUUGAACUUAACUGGGUGCAAAGUGAC